AUGUCACUGCCGUGGACUACACGAGAAAGGGACGAUGUUCAUUACCCAACUCGGCCAGUUGACAAGGAAAAGGCGGAGGCUGAAUUAACGAUCAAUAUAAAGAAAGCCACCAAUUCCGACGAAACUGCUCCAAAGGCUAAGCAUGUCCGAAAAUGCAUCGUCUAUACAUGGGAUUAUCAUUCUUCACUUUCGAUUUGGUCAGGCUUGCGUGUGCAGCCGAUCCUCUCAGACGAGGUUCAAACGUACAAAGCACUCAUUACUGUGCACAAAGUCCUGCAGGAGGGACACCCAGUUUCUCUUAAGGAGGGCCAGAAUCAGACCGGCUGGCUAGAAACAUGUGCCAGAACGGUUGGGAACGAAAGUGGACGUGGCUACGUCCCUCUGAUACGCGCAUACGUGUCCUUCAUUCUUGCUAAGCUGAGGUUCCAUCGACACCACCCCGAGUUCAAUGGGUUGUUCGAAUACGAGGAGUACAUCUCACUAAAGAACAUCGACGAUCCCAACGAAGGGUACGAAACAAUAACCGAUCUGAUGAAUCUUCAAGACCAAAUCGAAUCAUUUCAAAAGCUCAUCUUCGCGCACUUCCGAGGCACUUCCAAUAAUGAGUGCAGAAUAUCAUCACUUGUCCCGCUAGUUAAAGAGAGCUAUGGUAUCUAUCGUUUCAUUACGAGUAUGAUGCGUGCUAUGCAUCGAAGGUUAAAUGACAUGGACGCUCUGGAUCCCCUUCGUCAGCGUUUUAACCAACAACACCACAACCUUCGUAAAUUCUAUUAUGAAUGUUCCAACCUUAAAUACCUCACCUCUCUCAUCAACGUCCCAAAACUCGGGCAGGAGCCACCGAGUCUUACCGACAGCGGAUCAGCUCCCGAUCUUCCCAAACGCCCAACAACGGUUGUACCAAAGGAUCCCUCCCCACCACCAGCUGCUCCAACUCCACCUGUCGCUGAUGCGGCGAUGAUUGCCGAGCAGGCACGAAUGUUUAAGGAGUAUGAAGAUAAGCAAAGGGCUCUUAUUGCUGGUCGUGAGGCCGAAGAACGUGCUAGGCGAGAACAGGAGACCGAACUUCAGCGGCAAUUCGAGCAAGCGCAACGUGAACAGGCAGAAAAGGAACGGUUGGCACAAGAGAGGUUGUUGCAGGAGCACAUGGUGCAGCAAUAUAACAGUCAUGUUGGAAGACAGCAAGAGUUAGAGAGGGAAAUACUUCUUAUGAGAGGACAAUAUGAGAGGGACCAAUUACUGCUGCAACAGUAUGAUCAGAGAGUGAAAGUGCUCGAGACUGAGCUUCAAGCUGUUGGGGCGAAUAUCAAUUCACAGAUUGCCUCUAAGGACGAACUCAUUAAGCAAUUACAGGAUCAAGUUACCCUUUGGCGCAACAAGUACGAGGCAUUAGCCAAACUGUACAGUCAACUUCGAACGGAGCAUCUAGACAUGUUGUCCAAAUUUAAGAACCUGCAGCUUAAGGCGAACUCGGCGCAGGAGGCAAUAGACCGGAUGGAAAGGAUGGAACGGGAUGUCAAAGCAAAGAACCUGGAGCUCGCUGAUAUGAUUCGAGAACGCGAUCGUGCGAGGUUCGAAGUUGACCGGCAGAAGUCGAGCCAUAAAGAGGAGGUGGAAAGACUGCGCCGUGAGCUCUCUUUUGCGAAUGAGCGUGCGGACGACGCUACUCGCAACAAAUCGUCCGAAGUCUCCAGCAUGAUGGCAAGGUAUAACCGACAGCUAAAUGAACUGGAAGAUUCGUUACGGUCCAAGCAAAUCCAGAUUGAUGAUCUUCUAGCCAAGAUCGAUAGGCAUGCCGACGAGUUAGAGCACCUGCGCGAGGAGAAGGACCAAGAAAUCGCCAUCAUUCAAGAAGGAAUGGACAGUACAAUCCGACAACUUGCCGAAACCCAGCAGUCUCAAGGCCUAGUUGAUCAGGCGACAAAUGCACAGAUCGAUACCCUCAUCCUGGAUAAUCGCAAGAAGCUCAAUCAGAUAAUUGAUUCCAUCUUGCAAGCCUGUGUACAGAAAGUGGAUGACGCUAUUUAUGAACUGGAGUCACCUACCUCUGCAGGGAACCAAAAUUCAACACCAGAAUACACGUUGUCCAUGAUCGAAAAAACCUCCAACAAUGCCACAGAGUUCGCUACGACAUACGUACUCUACCUUAACGGCGAGGAAGGCGGGGACCAUGUUGAUGUGAUCAAGGGCGCAAACGAGCUCGCGCAGUCUAUUUCCGACGUGCUUAUCAAUACCAAAGGCAUUACGCGUCUGGCCAGUGAUGACAAUGGCAUCGACAAACUUGUCAAUGUGGCCAAAGCGGCCGGUGACGUUGGCCUUAGGAUGUUCCUAAACCUGCAGUCUUACAAGAUGGACCUUGUUCGGAUGCCGCAGCGGGAAGAGAUUGUUGCACGCAACAGUGCGGAGAUUCGCGCAGCUUUGGGGAAACUGUCUGAGACUGUUGACGCCUUGAUACCUAAGGGCACAAGAGGCACAUCUCUUGCUAAGUCGAACGGCGACAUUGGUGACAUCGUGGAACGGGAGAUGCUCAAUGCUGCUCACGCGAUCGCACUUGCGACCGAGCGGCUACAGCAGUUGAUCGAUCGACCUCGAGACUCUUCAAGACACCAAAAAAUGGAUGUCAAAGUGCACGAUGCAAUCCUCGCAGCGGCCUUGGCUAUUACCGGUGCCAUCGGCCGGCUUAUUCAAGCUGCUACUGAGUCUCAAAAAGAGAUUGUCGCUGCCGGUCGCGGGUCUAGCUCAGCACAGCAAUUCUACAAACGAAACAACCGAUGGACAGAGGGUCUCAUCAGUGCCGCCAAGGCUGUCGCAUUCGCCACCAACCUGCUUAUCGAGAGCGCGGAUGGUGUGUUGUCGGGAACGCAUUCUUUGGAACAACUGAUCGUCGCUUCGAAUGAGGUUGCCGCCGCUACUGCCCAAUUGGUUGCCGCCUCCCGUGUGAAGGCAUCCUUCAUGUCAAAAACCCAGGACAAGUUGGAGGCAGCGGCCAAAGCCGUGACGGAUGCUUGCAAGACCCUUGUCAGACAAGUCAAGGAAAUAUCCGUACGCGAGAUAGAGGCGGAGGAGCCCUUGGAAUUUAGUGGUGCGCAUGAGUUCAAGGUUAGGGAAAUGGAGCAGCAAGUGGAGAUUCUCAAGCUUGAGAAGGCGCUCGGGGCCGCAAGACAUAAACUGGGUCAGAUGAGACGAGCCGGGUAUCAUACAGAUGAAACGGAUUGA